AUGUCGUCUUUAUUCAAAAAGGAAAAAGAUAUGGAUACAAUUGAGGAUGAGAAAUCAGAUAGAAAUAAAUAGAUUUAGGAAAAAAGGAAGAAAUCUUCAAUGGGAGGAGGAAUCAUGGGAGGCAUUAAAAAAUCAUUAAAUGAUUAUGUUAGAAAAAAAAUAGAAAGUAAGAUUAUGGAGUUCCUGGCAAAAUAGAAACCAAAAGUAAAAGAGUAGCUCAGAGAUAAGGAUAUGCCAGUAUGCGUUUAAAAUUUUGUUGAAGAAGUAGUUGAGGAAAAUUGGCCUGUUCUUGAAGAAGAAGUUUAGUACUAGCUUCGUAUUAGAACAGAUUACCCAUAUUCCAAUUAAGUUAUACCAAAUUUACCUUGGUAUAAAUGGAUACCUUGGAAAAUAAGAUCAACUAUCCAAUACUCAGUAAUGCCUCACAAUAAAACUUUAGGUUAAAAUAUCAAAAAUCCAUUGUGGUUAAUUUAAACUAUAGCAAGUCUCUGCCCAUUCUAUGGAGUUAAUAGCUUCUACUUUAUUUUUUUAUUCUUAAUAAUUGAUAAGAGUGAUGAAUAUCAGCUGAUUAAUUUUAUUCUUUCAUUUAAGAGAUUCUAAUUCUUUGCUUUUGGGUUAAUUGGAGGAUUUGUUGGGUUUUAUCUUUAUUUCUACUGUGUAGAUUAAACUAAGCAUUUCAACUUGUCAGUAUAAUAAAAUUGCCAUGAAAAUGGACCAGGUAGUCUCAUACACGUGAGAAUAGAUUUAAUCUCUUUUGGUAUUCAUUUGAUUCUAACAUGGAUUGUAUUAUUUUUCCUCCCCUUCUCUGAGUAAAAAGGCUAGCUCAGAUUCCGUAUAGCUGAUAAAGAAUAUCAAAAAGAAAAGGAAAAGAUUGGUAAGGAAAAGGAAAAGCGUAAAAAGGAAAGAGAAAAACUAGUUAAAAAGAUUGAAGAAAAAGUAUAAAAGAAGAAGAAGAAAGGUGAAAAUGCAUAAUUCAGUGAUUUUGUUGAAGAAUAUAAUUUGAAAUAAUAUGAUGAUCUUGAAGGUUAAGAAGAAGAGAAGAAAUUUUGUGUGUUGGACCGUGGUGGUCAUAUGAAAUUCUUAAUUAUUUGGGAUAUUGUUAUGUUUUCUUUAUCUUUUUCAUUCUUCUAUUAUAACUUCUAAAAGGAAGACAGAACAAAUUUUUAAGAAGCUAAAGGUACUAUUUACUUUUGUAAAUGGUUGUAUGCAAUCCUCAGCUUUCCUUUCUUAUUAUUUUCUAUUCCUUUAAUUAGUAGUUUAUUAAGUAGAGCACGUCCUACCGCUUAUGAUGAGUUUGGUAAUACAGUACCUGUACUAGGUGAGAUUGAUUAUAAAGAAGAUAUUUUAGGUGAUAUUGAUGUUGAUGCAGAAAUGAAUUCAACUUUACCAAUUUAAUCUAAUCUUAACACUCCUACAUCAAGAAGUAACUACAAGUGA